AUGCUGGUCGUCGUCCUGCUCAGCGUCCUCACAGUAGGGCUUCCCUUGCUCUACACAUAUAUCGCGACCUCCUAUGUCAAGAGCGUCUUCCCCGUCCUGCGCAACAAGAGGAUAUGCCUGCUCAUCGCCCACCCCGAUGACGAGGCCAUGUUCUUCGCGCCGACAGUCCUCGCCCUGACUCGGCCGGAGACGGGCAACCACGUCAAGAUCCUCUGUCUCAGCACUGGCGACGCCGACGGGCUGGGCGAGACACGCAAGAAGGAGCUUGUUAAGAGCGGCCUGCUUCUCGGCCUGCGGGACGAGAGCGACGUCUUUGUCAUUGACGACCCAAACAACUUCCCGGAUUCAAUGACAACUACCUGGAACGCCGACGCCAUCGCAACACUACUCCAGUCCAUCUUCGUUCCGUCCCUCUCCUCCGACUCCCCGAGCACCGAGACCACAGCGACAGUUGAUGUGAUACUUACCUUCGACAAGGGGGGCGUGUCCUCCCACCCAAACCACAUCUCACUGUACCACGGCGCCCGAGCCUUCGUCGCCUCUCUCACAGCGGGACAUCAGUCCGCGGGGAGCAGCAGUGGCACCACCGCCUCCCCCGUCGAUGUAUACACCCUGACUUCCGUCCCGAUGCUUCGCAAAUAUGCCAGCUUUUUGGAUAUCUUUUACACUCUAGCGUCUGCUGCAUCGCCCAGGACCGACAAGGAUGGCAAGCCGCGGACGUUGAUAAGCGCGAGUUCUUUGUGGUCCUCGGGGAAUAGCCGCAUCGGCAGCAGUGAAGCUCAUGCUGCGGACCCGCCAUCGUACGGCACGGCGAGAAACGCCAUGACGCAAGCGCACAAGUCGCAGAUGGUGUGGUUCCGCUGGGGCUGGAUCGGUCUGAGCCGGUACAUGGUGGUGAACGAUCUGAAGCUGGAGACUAUUGCGCGGCGGUGA